UGAUUACCCACACCCUGCGAAAUCAAUGGCAGAUCUUUCUCCGUUUCUCUGCAAAGAACUCCACCAUAAAUACAGCUUCCGACCACCAGGCCUUGGCUGGAACGAAAUGGACGCGUCACCAACCUUCUAAAUAUUAACUGAACUUCUUUGCUUCGCUCCCUUAUAAACUCCACUAUCUGUUCGCUGCCAGUCUUAAGCAUCCAUCAUCAACAAUGGACUACGGAAAGCUUGGCCCGUCCGAGUCCAAUCGCUCUAGCUUCCCCGACCCACCGCCGACCCAACCUAUCUCGCUCCGCAGCCGUCGCCGGAGGCGUUUUCUUCUAUUGGGCAUAACGGCCACUCUCCUCCUCGCAGCCUCCGCUGCUUCAGUGGCUUUGCUUAUCCGCAGCAAGAAUAACCGCCACUCCAACCUGACCCGAAGCCCAACUCAGGCCAUUUCACAAACCUGUAAGCUCACGCAAUACCCCGAGCUCUGCAUCAGCUCGCUCGUGAACUUUCCCGGCGCGCUGUCCGCCGGCGAGCGCGAGCUCGUUCACAUCUCCCUCAACAUGACCCGUCAACGCGUCGGCGAGGCUCGCUACGCUGCUUCCUCCAUUUCCGGCGUUUCAAUGAACAGCCUCGCACGCUCCGCGUACGAGGACUGCGUCGAGCUGCUCGACGACUCCAUCGACCAGCUCAGUCAGUCUCUUCUCGUCGUCGCCGGCGGCGACGCCGCCGGUUCUGACGAGGACGCGCUCACUUGGCUCAGCGCGGCGCUCACGAAUCAGGACACCUGCGCCGAGGGGCUUGAAGUUGUUGACGACAGGUAUGUGCGGGGUCAAAUGACGAGCUUUUUGAAAGAUGUUGCAGAGCUGGUUAGCAAUUCACUCGCCAUCUUCGCUGCGGCGAGCCGGAACCAGGAUUUCUCCGGCAUUCCGAUUGAGAAUAGGAAGCGGAGGCGAUUGCUGGGCUCUGAAUUCCCGGAUUGGGUGAAUUCGAUUGACAGGAAAUUGCUUCAGACGCCGGGGAGCUCGAUUCAGGCGGAUUAUAUUGUGUCGAAGGACGGCAGCGGGACGCAUAGAACCAUUGGUGAUGCCGUAAACGCCGCGCCUCAAGGCAGUGCCAGGCGCAUCAUUAUCUACGUGAAGGCCGGGCGCUACGACGAGAAUAUAAAGGUCGCGCGAAAGAAGACCAAUCUUAUGUUCGUCGGCGACGGCAUGGGAAAGACCGUCGUCGCUGGCUCACGCAGCGUGUACGACAAAUUCACUACUUUUCACACGGCUACCUUCGCGUCGACAGGGGCAGGGUUCAUAAUGAAAGAGAUGACAAUAGAGAACUCCGCGGGGCCAGAGAAGCAUCAGGCGGUGGCACUCCGUGUAGGAGCCGACCGAGCGGUGGUCUACCACUGCAGCAUCAUAGGCUACCAAGACUCCCUUUAUGUCCACUCUCAACGCCAAUUCUUCCGCGAAUGCGACAUCUUCGGCACCGUCGACUUCAUCUUCGGCAAUGCCGCCGUCGUUCUCCAAAAAUGCAAUAUUUGGGCGCGAAAGCCAAUGGCGAUGCAGAAGAACACAAUCACCGCACAGAACCGCAAGGAUCCGAACCAGAACACGGGGAUUUCGAUCCAUAAUUGCAGGAUUCAGGCGGCGAGCGACCUCAGCGCGACGAAGGGAAGCGUUCAAACUUUCUUGGGACGGCCAUGGAAGAUGUACGCGAGGGUAGUCUACCUUCAGUCUUACAUGGGGGAUCUCAUUAACCCUGCUGGGUGGUUGGAGUGGAAUGGAAAUUUUGCGCUCAGUACGCUUUACUACGGCGAGUACAUGAACUAUGGUCCCGGCGCCGGCGUGGCGAAGAGGGUGAAUUGGCCGGGAUUCAGGGUGAUUACAGUGGAGGAGGAAGCUGAAAAGUUUACAGUUGGGAAAUUUAUCUAUGGGUCCUCUUGGCUGCCGUCGACCGGCGUCGCCUUCGUCGCCGGCCUUUCGGUCUAAAAAAAAAAAAGCUAUCUUUUCUUCGCUUUUAGAAUUUUUUCUUUUUUAUAGUAUCAUUGCCUCGUUGGUAUAUGGCGUCGGUGGAGAAAAGAGGCGUGCUAUUGCGUUGGUUGGAAGGGGGUGUAUUUGUAAUUUGUACUUUCUAUAGGGGUUUAGAAGAAAUUUUCAUAUUAUUGUAAGAAGGAAUAAUGGGAUGGAAUUCCUUGCUUGAUGAUAAUUGUAAAUGGUAGGUGUCCAUACCAUUUUUGUUGGGGAGGUUAUGAUUAAUAAGAUUCACUUGCUUAAGAACUCA